AUGGUUCCACGCAGUUGGCAGCCGCUAUGUGUACCAAAAAUUAUUUCCUCUCAAACAUGGCUGUGACGAGAAACGAAGCGACUUUGCGAUGCGAGUCGAUGGGAAUAGCGCUUUUGGCCGUCACUUCUCUCGACGAGCUGAACUGUCUGGCCUCUUUGACAGCUGUUGGAACUUUUUGGACGAGCGGCUCAAACGAAGACCUCAACUGCGAUUUGGAGCACAAAUUCGCUUGGUGCUCCAUCGGCUUCAACAUUUCCACGGAAUUGGUUUCCGCGACGCAAUUUUGGAUGCCGACCACUGCCGCUCCGUCCACCCUCAACCGCUGUCUGGCCCUUGACCUCUCAACCGCCCCCCAAAAGGGGAUGGUGCUCAGGAAUUGUGAAGAGAGUCUGCCCUACAUUUGCCACUUUUCCGUCGAUUGUCCCAAACAGUGCAACAAAAACGUUUCCUUAUUCGACGCUUCUGGAAAUUUAAUUGACAAAAACUCUUACGGAGUGUGGCUCAACGUUGGCAACUUCACGUAUCUUUUGGGAAACAAGCCGAUGUCCUGGUCGUCCAGCUGGCAGCAAUGCUGCGCUUUGGGAAUGGAGGCGCUCAAUCUCGAGGAUGCGGCCGAGCAACAGGGCCUGUCCAGCUUGACAAUUGGAAAAAACGCCACCGACUGGAAGAUGAAUUUCAAUUACUGGACUUCUGGAACGAGGAAGGGUGCUCCUUUGGGUCAUUGGUCGUGGUGCAAAGCCGACGGACCCACGGUUUUCAGCCCGAGUCUGACUUGGGAGCGCGGCCAGCCCGACAACAAAAACGGAAACGAGAGCUGCGUGCAUUUUCGCUUCGUUUUGAACGCGACGGCCGCCAUCAUGACCGACAGGAACUGCACCAACAGAUACAUCUACGCUUGCAAGACUCAGCUCACUGUGACCCAAAAGCCAGCGUGUGUUGCCUCUUGCCCUUUGAAUAAAUGCCGGCGAGACGUCAAACUUUUCAACGCGAGUAAUAACUUUCUUAUAGGUGAGGAUAUUUUGUUCGAAAUUUUAAUAAAUAUAUAUUUCGAUACAGAUUACCCCUCAUACGGCGAGUGGUACGAUAGCUGUGGCCGGAGUAUUUUGACCUACACCAAAACUAAGUCUUCCUGGAAGAAUGCCAGGGAUCGGUGCUGCGCUAUUGGAUUGAAUUUAACGCCUAUUGAGUCGUCUGGGAAAUUGAAUUGCAUUUCCAAACUGAUGACAAAAUUCGCGUCUUUGACCGUGGGCGAUUACUGGCUUUCCGGAACGAACCUGGGGUGCACCUCAAAUUUCAGGUGGUGCACCCUAGACCGCGAUUUCGUCAACCCUGAGCUCAGGUGGAAGGAGGGACACCCGGUGAAAGGCCUAAAUUGCGUUUAUCUCGAGGCGAGAAACGAAUCUUCGCUUCUCGCCACCGCCGAUUGCGCCGAGGAAAAGAAUUUUUUGUGCGAUGUUGGGAGAAGUGCGGCCUCGUCUCAGCUUCAGAUCCAAUCUGAAUGCGCAGAAAUUUGGAAUAUUAGCAGCUAUGAAAUUGACUUGCUUUCGAACGAUAGUGGUUUAAGUUCAGCAAAUGUCUCGUUAAAUCUGAAGUGCUUCUUGAAAUGCGUUGGCACCGAGGUUGGAAUGUUUAAAUCCGGCGGAGUGAGCAGCAUUGAAAUGCUGCGUCAAGUAGAAAUCGCCGCUGAAGACGAUCCCGUCAAGAUGGAACAGGGAUUCAUUGCUUAUGACGGAUGCAGCAGCAAAAAAUCUGACGACGAGUGCGUGGUUGCCUACGAAACAUACAAAUGCGGUCUGAAAAAUGAGCCAGAUUUGGUCGCGAAAAUCGUCAAUAAUAGUGCUCAAAGUGACAAUGCGUCAUCAGUGGUCGCUCAACCCCCUCCCCUUCCUUGUGUUCCAAAGCGUCGAAGUUGCUGGAUGUCUGAUCGCUAUCCGUGUACUUCGAAUGCGACGGUCAUCAAUACCUUCAACAGCCAGGGGAAAGACCAAUUCGGCAGUAGGGUGAUUGUGAACGGAAGGACCUACUUUUUCGGUACCGUUGGCAACACGCAUGCGAUUGCAGCGUUCAAUCAUUGCUGCGCUCUUGGAAUGAAACUCUUUGAACCAGCGACCCUGGCAGACCUGCAAUUGGCCCUGAAAAUAUCAAACAAACAAACCCCAUUCAACAUACUUUUGGGCGAAACUGAAUCGAUCGACCAGACGCGCGAGGUGUGGUGUCGCAGCCGCAAGCUGUUGCCUCAGGAUAUCUACGGCUACUCAACCGGAAUACUCAGGUAUCCGUGCACCGAAUGCGUCGUCACGUUCCACGUGAACCUUCUCAAACUGCUUUUGGUCAACCUGCCAACUGCGAACAUCCACGAAAUGUUCUACAAUUUUACUAAUUGGUCGUCACCUUUAAAAUCGUUUAUAUGCGAGCAACUGUGAUCGCUAAAUUUGUUUGGAUUUUGAAACGUACGCGUG